AUGGUCAAGACCUCCGUCCUCAACGAUGCGCUUAACGCCAUGAACAACGCCGAGAAGGCUGGCAAGCGCCAGGUCCUCAUCCGUCCUUCCUCCAAGGUCAUCGUCAAGUUCCUUGCUGUCAUGCAGAAGCACGGCUACAUUGGCGAGUUCGAGGAGGUCGAUGACCACCGCUCCGGCAAGAUUGUCAUCCAGCUCAACGGCCGUCUCAACAAGUGUGGUGUCAUCAACCCCCGCUACCCCGUCCAGCUCCGUGACCUCGAGAAGUGGGCUACCCAGCUCCUUCCCUCCCGUCAGUUCGGUUACGUUGUCCUGACCACCUCCGCCGGUAUCAUGGACCACGAGGAGGCUCGCCGCAAGCACGUUGCUGGCAAGCUCCUCGGCUUCUUCUACUAG